UUUCUCAACUACCAGCUGAUAAGCUGAAUGGACAUGACAUUGGAGAGAGAAAGUUGGAAAAGGAAAGGAGAAAUAUGUGUCUAGAUAACGAUGUACUCUUCAGACGAUAGGAAAGCGAAUAAUCGCAUUAAUCGACAUCAUAAUAUUUUAAACAAUAUCGGGUUUCAGGGAAGAAAACAUGUCAUUACGUGAAGUCGACGAAACAGCGCAUCUCGUGGUUAACUCUUCGCCCGAUGAUAUCGAGCACAGAAUGGCGGCUGGGAGCAUUAAAGUUUACAAACGAAGAUGGUACAUAUUAAUCAUUUUUACCCUGCUAAACACGACAGGAAAUAUUCUGUGGAAUACUUGGCCACCGAUUCAAGAGACAUGCCAACUUGUGCUCGGAUGGAAUAAAACAAACGUGUUGAUAAUCGGUGCUCUUCAAGCGCUAGGAUCUAUUAUCAGCAUUGUGCCGUCCGCAUGGCUUUUAGACACGAAAGGUCUAAGAUUUGCAGUGCUAUGUUCCAUAUCACUUCAGACCUUCGCUGUCAUCUGCGAACUUAUCCCGGCCCACCCUGAAUGGAGAACAGUAUUUAUAACGUUUGCAGAGUUCCUUAUCUCGGUGGCCGUACCCGCGGUUCAGAACGCGGGAGUGCUUGUGCUGUCCGCGACAUGGUUCCCGCCACACGAGCGCAUGACCGCCACGGCUAUCGCCACGCUGGCGUCGUAUCUGGGCUCGGCUUUUAGCUACAUCGUUGGGCCUCAUCUCGUCCCAGACGUUGAUUACGGCAACUUGACUAAAUAUGAAACGGGACAGAGCAUCGACAUCGAUACAUUGAGGAAUCACACCACUCCAGAACAAAUGAAAUUUCUUUUGUCAAGAAUAAAUGAUUACUUGUUCAUCGAAGCUGUUUUGGUGGGAGUUUUACUCUUCACGGUGUUGAUUUAUUUUCCUGCCAAACCGCCCAGCCCUCCAAGCCUUUCCUCCGCGGCUGGACGAUUAGAUUUUUGUUCUGGCGCCAAAACGUUACUGAAAAACCGGUCAUUCUGGUUAUUGUUGCUCAUAUUCAGUGUCAGUAACGGAGUAAACUGGGGUUGGUCUAGUGUCCAGGACCUCAUCUUUUCCGGAGUGGGAAUUGAUCAGAAGACUGCUGGCUGGUUAGGAUUCUCAGCAAAUGUCGCGUCUCUUCUUGGUAUUUCGUUUUCAUGGUAUGCCGAUCGCAUUCAGAGUUUCACCAAGCCAAUCUUAAUAUUCCUCUUUGUGGCUACGGCUGGAGCUCAAACAGUCCUAUCGCUCGCAUGUGAGGAGAUUAUUCCUCUCUCAAAACCAGUCUUCUUCGCCUCGGGUAUCUCUCAGGUCGUUCUCUUUUGUGGAACUGUUCCUCUCAUCAUGGAACUCGCAGCAGAGUGCACAUAUCCGGUAGCUGAAGGUAUCACUUCCGGUGUAAUGGUCCUAUCUGUAUACGUCAUCAAUUUGAUCUUCUUCAUUGCUUUUAUGUUCCCGCAAGCGAGCCCGCGAUGGAUGAACUGGUUACUAGUCUCCUCGACCGUGGUGUGUAUUCCGCUUAUUGCAGUCUACAAAGCGAAGUACAAGAGACUGGAUGUAGACGAGUCAAAACAGAGUUAAUAAUGAGAUAAUUCGUAGUUGCAGGAGCCUGAGUAAUGGGCCCCUGGUAGUUGUUAAUAAAGGCGAUGUCGCGCUUUAAUUGCUGAGUGGUUCAGAGAAAAAUGUUUAGACACAAUAGGAAUGAUAAAAAUUUAUUCCUUGUGGAAACGAAAUCUUAACCUCCAAGUCAACGGACAGACCCUCUUACCAGCAGCAACCGCCACUGCCACCUCCAUCAUCAACAACAGCGACAGCAACUAAAGAAGGACAAGAUCACCUUUUUUAAUCUCUGAAAAAAAACGUUUUUGCUCUAAUGUGUAAAUUUAGUACUUUAAUACGGGAAGCCUUAUGGAGAAUUAGGUCAUACCAGAUUAUUCGCGAUCUUUCCGUUUCGAGUUCUAUUGGUUGCGAAUGUAAAGGUGUAUUUUCUCAACAAAAUACGGCUUCAACAACACAGGUUUGCACCGCGGUAUUCGAUUAUUCAUUCGUUCAUAUAUUUACUUUUUUUUUUAUUCAACCAUUCAAUUAUUCUUUCAUUUAUUCUUUCAUUAUCUAAAUCUAUUUAUCGUUUUUGUGUAGGAUAACGGUAGUGACAAGCCGAAUACUUUACGCCUCUUCGAUAUGGUGGCAUUGACGUCUCGCAGUAAAGGGGUUUCGCCUUAGUCUGACAAUUGCGAAACAUUUUCCCAUCCUUAUGUUUUUCGAUGCAACCAUUUUGUUUUGCGGCACAGCUAAAGAAACUUAUAUGUAUAAUGUUGUGAUCGUAGUAGUACAUUAUUGUAGCUCAUUUGGGCGUUGGUAGGAAAUCAAGUCACUCUAGAUUUAACUCAACUAAAUUUAACGCUACGUAACGUUUUAAUUUCACAUUUUACGUGACGAAACUCCGCUAUCUUGAAUAAAGCCCAGUGCUUUCAUUA